AUGUCUGCCUAUAAGGGGAAGCCAGCAGGUAAAAGACAAAAGAGAUCAUUGUAAUGGCUGCACAGCCACCAGCAGACAUUACGGAUAUUCAACUUAUACCACCGCAAACCUCUUAGGCAAGGAACUUCAUACAGCACCUAAGCACUCUAUAUCUAAUAACUGCAAUGGAUGCAUUCUCCUCUGGUUAUGUCGGCAACCCGUGGCAUGAUCCCUCAGGGUAUCCUGCCUAUCCAACCCCAGCCGAUACUCAGUUCGGCUUUGACACUCUUGACUUGACGAGCACGUUUGCUGGAGAUCCAAACAACAUCAUCCAGCCUGAUUCCUGGUUCUUUGAAGGUUGGCUAGAUGUUUCUGGAGUUGUACAAACAGAACAGAGUGCCAACCAGGAGUCCACAGCAGCAGCAUGCCCAGAAUAUGACAGCCUGGGCCAACCUCACCCCGCUCAGGAAGACCAUUCACGGGCAGUACCCAAGGGUCAAGAAAACGCAGAGCUCCGUCCGAGCAAGACCGUAACCGGUACAAAGCAACGUCAUGUCAGCCAUAAGCGAGAUUCUAUACAAGAUAUUACAUCACGCGUUCGAGAGAGAAAUCGUAAUCUUUCUCGCAGGUAUCGAGGCCGUAAGCAGCAUGAGGCAGAAACAUUGGAAGCUCACGAGGAGAAAUUACAAGAGGAGAAUGCUGUCCUGAGGACUUGCUAUAAUGAUUUGAGAAACGAAGUACUGGGUCUCCAGGAUCUAUUGCUGCAGCAUACAGGCUGCAAUUGUACCACGAUUCACGCGUUCAUUGCCGCUCAAGCUGAGCGGUCACUGCAUAGCCUUCUUUCACCAAACUCACAAUGUCAAGGUUGUCAAAAUCCGAUGGAGACUUAUAUACCUUAGAAGAGUAGUAGUAAAGGAUACCAGGCCUGGCUUUAAAGCUCUCUAUUGCUA